UAUUCAAAGAGGCUGUCGGCGGGGACCCGCUUAUUACGUCAUGACUAGUGCGCGUGCCCGUGGCCGUGAGCGCGAGGCUGCAGCCGGAUCCUGGGAGCUUCGUUACGUUUUCAGUGGUUUCAGCUCGUGAGAGAUUAAACCCCGGAUCCAAGCAGCGGCAUGAAGAAGCAGAGAGAAAGUUGGCGUUAGCGGUGUGUUUCUGUUUCUCUGAGAAGCACCACCCUCGUGUCAUCGGGUCUGCGCGCGGGCUUGGGAUCCGCUCACAGUGGAGGGCCCGAGUCGGAGUAGCAAUGGUGACGACACUGAUCGCGCGAUUCGUCCGCUUUUGCAAGUACCUACAGGACCCUCGACAUGUCGCCAGGUUCCAGCAGCUCUGCGGGGUCAGAGGCACGUUUUCCCGCAGAUCGGCCGCGCCGGAGCAGACGAGCGCUCGAGAUCCGCCGCCUAACGGCGCGUGCAUGAAGCGGUGCGAUCAAGAGGUCGGGGAGUGUGUAAAACCCCACCACGGCGAGAACAACGAGGCUCCCGGGACUGAGAGAUUAGACUGCAGAGGCAGAGUGAAGCCUCUCCGUAAGAACUCCCUGACUGAUGAUGUCGGCCAGGAAUUCAUUAUCGAGAGCAAGUUCCUCUUCUACUUGUUUACGAUGGGCACCGAACUGGGCAACGAGAUGUUCUUCAUCGUGUUCUUCCCCUUCCUCAUGUGGAACGUGGACGCGUGUGUGAGCCGGCAAGUGAUCGUGGUGUGGGUCUGGGUGCUGUUCUUUGGACAGACCACCAAAGACCUGGUGGGAUGGACACGACCUGCUUCUCCACCCGUAGUUAAAGUGGAGGUCUUCUACAACUUCGAGUACAGCAUGCCGUCAGUGCAUGCCAUGACCGGAGCAUCUGUCCCUUUCUGUCUCUUCAUGCUCACUUACAACCGCUGGGAGUACCCAUUCCUGUUGGGACUGAGUGUGGCCAUAUGUUGGAGCUUUCUGGUAUGCAUAAGCAGAAUCUACAUGGGAAUGCAUUCUGUCUUGGAGGUGAUUACAGGCUUCCUGUACAGCUUGCUGAUACUGGCUUGCUUUCUCCCUGUGCUGGAAGACAUCGAUACAUUCUACUUAUCAGGCAGCAUGGCUCCUGCACUCAUUCUGCUGCUGCAUGUGGGCCUGGCCGUGCUCGCCUUCUCUCUGGAUUCGUGGAGUACAUCCCGUGCUGACACCGCGCAGGCUCUGGCAACCGGUGCAGGGGGUGCACUGGCAAGCAACUUCAACCAGCAUCUGGGCCUGCACUUCGACCCACCUGCCUCCUCGCUACCUCUGAAGAUGCCCUCCAUCACCAGCGCACUGCUGGGACGCUCUCUUCUGCGCUUGCUGAUUGGUGUGGCAGUUCUGCUGGCUGUGCGCGCGAUCAUGAAGGCCAUCGCCAUCCCGCUGGCCUGCCAGUUAUUCGGCGUACCCUCUAACGACGUACGCAAGGCGCGGCAGGACCCACGUGUGGAGCUUACCUACCGUUUCCUUGUUUAUGGGACAGUGGCCUUUUGCUGUGUCUUCCUUGUACCUCUGCUCUUUCUCUGUCUGCACUUGGUGUGAAGACACUAUCAGGCUUCUGUCAUAGUCACUAAUGUGGACAAAUAACAGUUUUGAGGAGAAUAUUUUUGGAAGUAGACUGUCUACCAAGCUGGUAUUUGAAAGUAACCACUUAAUGUUAUCAAGUUAAGUUUUUAUUUUAUUUUGUCUGAUUUUUUUUUUUUUCUUCUUCAGACACUUAAUGUUUAUUUUAAAUGUUUCUAUCCUUAAUCUUUUUAAAUCUCUUUACUAACCCAAAGUGUCAAUGAUUUUGUCAGAACACAGAAGUCACUUUUAGACAAAGGAGCUUUUUUGCACAACUGUAUGAAAUGAAUGGUGUUUCGGAUGAAAUCACUAAUAGUGAGUUUUAAAAUGAGGUGUACAGAAAUGUAUUAGUGACUGUUAAAAAAACUGUAACUGCUAAUACCAGACAGUUGUGUCUUUUACAGGCUUCAACCCAAUCUAAAAUAUGGCAGGCAUCCAACAUGCAAUCCAUGUACAAAUCCUAAAGUUAUAUACCUUUUAAUUCUUCUUCUACCACAAGCCAUGGUAUAUAGUUUGAGCUCUAACUGGGUACUCUAGACCAGGACAUGGAUUUGUUGCUGAGCCACACUGUUGUCAAAUACAAAAAUUACAACUAAUGCGCCACAGUCAGUAAAAAUAAGCCUACAUGGUACAUCUUUAUGGGUGUGGUGAAACUAUAACAUAGUUGUGCUUUAAAACACUGGCUGGGAUCCAGCGGUGAACAAAAGCUUUAGCUGAACAACAUAAUAUUUAGGUGCAUUUCUGCUUUGUCUUAUGAGGAUCCUGUUUGCUUUAUCUCCACCCGUCUCCUCAACAGCCUUCCUACCUACACCCAUCCUGCACCAUUGUGUUCUACAGUACAUUGGAUCCCUACCAAAUUGCACUCUUAAGCUUUGCCUGUCCAUGUUCAACUUGUAUAUACAAACCCACUCCUAUGUUUUUUCCUUAUUAGGCCAUUCUUUGUUUCCACUAUACUUUAUCCUGAAGCAUUUUUUUUCUUUACUUCAGAGCAGCUCAAUGCAAUUGGACUCUGUGUUUGAAGAGCACUGUUCUCAGACUAGUAAUAUGUGGUCAUACUUAAUGGUGCAGCGUGUCUUCAGAUUUUAUCUUUCAUACUGAACAAUCAUGUCAUACUAAAUUGUGUGAUUGAACAAGGAGAUGAUGAUUACUGUUUCUAUAUUCUGUGUGCAUAAUUUGAAAUAUGCUCAAUCUAAAUCUCUAGCCUCCAGUCUCACAUACAAUCUCCUGGUUAUCAAGUCUGCACGGCCACAGGGACAAAGAGAGAAGACUGUUCUGUGGAUAUCUCUCUCUCUCUCUCUCUCUCCAAUCUUUAAUACAGAUGACUGUCAUAGGUUUUUUCCCUUCUGUUGCACAAGAAACGAUUUCAAUCACGUGGUGUCAUUUAUUUCUAAAAUUCAAUAGCCGGAGGAUAGAUAAAUUAUAAUAAAAUGCAAUUCCAAUACAACCUACACCCAGCCCCUCCUGAGUGUAACAUCCAAAUCCAAUCAAAAUGUGAAGUCUGUGGUCAAAAUAAAGGUGUUUAUUUGACUUGGUUUGAGAUUUGAUACUGUACAUGCAAAUAUUUUAAAACAAUUCAUCAAUGUCAAAAGUGCAUGAUACAAAAAGUGUGUAUUAUUUCCUACUUUGAAAUGUUUUUAUUGCUUUUUGUUCAGCAUGUCUUAUCUCAAGUAGACUCGUGAAGUUCACAAAAACAUUGUCCCUCUUACAGCCCAGAUAAACUUAAGUAUUAGACAGUGGUCUUUUUUUUUAAUAACGCAUGGUCAGGGUGUGUCCACAAAUAUAUGAUUAAAGAGAUUAAGGUUGGGCAAUAGAAAGUUAUUGGUGGAUAUUAAAUGAAAAACACUGUUUUACUUAAAUGAUUAAUUGUCUUGAUGUACUGUUUUGUUUUUUUUAAGUUUGCAGCUGUUGUGAUAGUGAUUUUAAUCACAUUGCUCUAAAUACACAACUCAAUGCCACUGCUUCCUAAUCUGUCUGAAAAAUAUAACGAGGUGGAAGAUAUUCACGGAAAUGUAUUCAUGCAUACUAUGUAUAUAGUAUUACUCUGCAUAAAUCACAUUAUGUUGUACAAA